AUGAGCGAAGAUGAUUAUGUGCCUUCCAGUCCAGAUUCCAGCGAUAGUGAUGCACCUCUUAUUCAGUAUAUCCGAAGAUCAGGAGUUGAAGAAGCUAACAAACAGACAAGGUCAAAUGAAAAGCAUAAGACGAGAAAAUCUAUUAAAGGAAAAACAAGAUUUGCCAAACUAGAGAGGAAAUCUAGAAGAAACUUUGGUAUAGCAUAUAUUACCGAGUCAGGAAAAGCGAAACAAGCAAGAGUAUGCCAACCAUUACUUGAUUGCCGAAUGAAAUGCCGAGAACGAUUCACAGAUGCUGAUAGACAGAUCAUCUUCAAUGAAUAUUGGGGUGCCGGUUCUCAUUUAAAACGUGUCACUUAUGUCACAAGUAUGAUAAAAAAACUGAAAACAGCAUCUGCCAAAGAAAAGAAAUUAACUGGGAACAACAAAAAUCGUCAAUAUUCCCUAAAAUAUUUUUUAAGAAUGAACGGAAUUGAAAAUCAAAUUUGCAAAGUCUGCUUUCGGAAAACUUUCCAUUAUAGUAGACGAGAUAGCAAUAAAAAAUAUCUGCCUCCGCACUACACACUUGCUAUGGUAUACAGUCAAUACUUAAGUGAACCUGAUCAUGUUGUUAUUAGCCGUACAAAGUUCGAAGAGAUUUUCCACAAGUUGAAUAUCGGAAUUAAGAAACCAAGCAAAGACACUUGUGGGAAAUGCGACUGUCUGAGAAUGAAGAUAACAUUGACUAGUAACGUUGAAGAAAAGUUGAAGUAUCAGCACGAAUUAGACACCCAUCAGAAACAAGCUGACGACUAUUAUAAAUUGAAGGCAGAAGAUAAACGAUUAUCAAAAAUUGAUCCAACGACAAAAACAGUCACAUUUGAUUUACAACAAUGCCUUCCAACUCCAAAGGUUUCUACAGGCAUUUCUUUCUACUUAAGACAGCUAUGGACCUUUAACCUAACUGUCCAUGACUGUGACAAUGAUCAGGCUUAUUGUUUCAUGUGGCAUGAAGCUAUAGCGGGAAGGGGAGCUAACCAAGUCGGAUCAUGUAUACAUCAGUUUUUAAAUAGCAUUCCAUCAGAUGUUGAAAAAAUUACGCUUUACUCAGAUUCUUGCACUGGGCAAAACAAAAAUGCACACAUUGUAGCGAUGAAGCGGGGCUCAUUAGCAAAGUUAAUUCCAGAAUUGCAGUACAAAGGAUUAGUGCCUAUUACCGCGAAGAAGAAAGACAAUCUAAUGAAGUUGCUGCCGUAUAUUUCUGACGUAUUCUGGGAUUUUUAUACAAAUCUUCCAACGAACCAGGCCGAUGAUAUACAUCCAGAUAUGGAGUCUUCUGACGAAGAUGAAUAA